AUGGCUGACCCCUACACCACAGAGACAAUUCAUGUUCAAGAAAGUUUUGAGGAGAGGGUGCGCCGUGUCCAACAUGAGAUUGCCGACAAAAUGCGUUUAUUCAACAGACCAUUGGUACGGGGCUGUAUUGGCGAGUUCCUGGGCACCGCCAUCCUGAUGAUACUUGGCAACGGAGUUCUAGCUCAAGUCUUUCUGGGCGAUCACGAUAGGAAGAUGCAUGGCAAUUUCUUCUCAAUCAGCUUCGGUUGGGGAAUGGCUGUCAUGAUGGGAGUGUUUUUUGCUGGCCGCCUUGGCCAUGGCAUCAUCAACCCUGCUGUAUCUGUAGCCUUCGGACUUGUCGGCAGACUGCCUUUAAACCGAGUUCUCUGGUAUUGUCUGGCAGAAUUUGCCGGCGCCUUUUUCGGGUCACUUUUGGUUUUCGGGACAUACACUGAAUUAAUAUACAAGUACGCCAAUUUGAAGGAUAACGGAACGCUUAAGGUGAAUACAACGGGGGGAAUCUUCGUCACUAACCCCGGAGCAAGCACGGCUGCGUGUCUUUUUGAUCAGGUUAUCGGCACUGCUUUGUUGGCAGCUGGCGCUUUGAGCAUAACCGAUAAAUCCUGGGAAAUGCCAGACUACUUACAUCCUCCUGUGAUAGGUCUCUAUGUUGUUGCUCUUGUCGGUGCGUUUGCUUUGAACGCUGGAGCCGCGCUGAAUCCUGCUAGAGAUCUGGGUCCUCGAAUUAUGAUUUCUUUAUUCGGUAAGUGA